UUUUAAAAUUACAAACUCAACGACCUUGGUAAAAUGCAAAUUGAUUUACUAAGUAGGACAAAAGGCCAAGUGAAGGAAAAGAAGAAGCCGACACACCACGGGCGCAUUCUGUCGUUUCGCAAACUAACUAGUUCACAACCAAAACAACUAUAAGAGCGGGUAAUAAACGGAAUUUAUAACCUAAUUAAGUACGUGUAAAACCAAGCAGAUGUAAACAUGUAUUACAUCGUGAUCCGUGAGCAGAAAGACACGGACACCCCAGCGGUAUCGGAAACUUUAAGAAAUGCUUACGUCUCCAAUGUUUCCAACACUUUCUUUAACGCUCUCGUUAACGAAGCUACCUUUCAAAUAAUUGUGAUAGUGUCGGCGCUCUUGUUUAUAUUUUUUCAAAUAAGACUCCUCUACUGUUUAAUGACGGUACCCGUCAUUCUCCUGCUGAUGUAUGUAGUAAUUUACGGCGCGUGGACGAUGAAAUCCGCACAAAUUAUGUACGAAAAGAGGCCGCUGUGCGCUUGGGUCGCGGAGGCCUACGAGCCAUAUUUUACCGACAAGAGUCCCGUGUCAUGCUCAUUCAAGAUUGUCACCGAAAGAGACUUCAAGGAGGAUGACAUUCGAUUCGAAGGCAGACGAAAGAUUAUCGGAACCGUGGCUGUGAUGAAACAUUUUCAUGAUGCGGAACGGGCCUGGCUCUAUCGGCUGGCGGUGGACGCGAGGUAUAGGAGGAAGGGAGUCGCGCUCCGGCUAGUACAAACCGUCCGGAAUUGGUGCAAAACCAACCGGUUUAACAACAUAGAACUGGCGAUGUCGGAGUGUCAGGAAGGGGCCCGUGAACUGUUCGCGGCCGCCGGCUUCGAAACGAAACAGCUCUAUCACAAAAAGCUAUUAACCAGCUUCUAUAUGAUACAGAUGUUCCAUCUGGUGUGCGAAGUUAGACCUACCUUCAGCUGACUGCAGUAUUAGCUUGUGAUAUUUAAAAUAUAGGACCACAUUUUUUAUUAUUUAUUUUGAGCCUCCUCCCAAUCGAUUCAGUGGACUAAAUAAAAACUACACAAGAUAUCUACAAAAAUAUGCGACUAUACAAUAAUUUAUUGUCGAAAAAGAUUUUCUUUGACUGUAAUAAUAGUUUUGCGAGAAAUCGAAACAAAAUUUCUUCAUUGGGAUUUCGAAUAUGCAAGAUACAUAAUAUUUCGUAAAAAGAAAAUGAAAUUAUCUUUGUUACUUGCCCAUGUCAAAAAUCCAGGCAAUGUUUCGUUUUACAUGAAUCAUAAACUUUAAUGAAGAAUGUCUCGUUAAACGUCUUAAAAGUGUAAUUUUGAGCUUACUACUUCUUCCAAAAUAACAGCAUCAAAAAGCUGACUGGAUCUCGUCCAAAGAAAGGUAACUACCGCUUAAUAACGGCGGACAUUAAACCAUUAAUUAUGUAGGCGCGGUGGAACCGAUCUUAAUCCUA